AUGCCUCCUGUCGUUAGCAAGACACCUGCCACCCCAGCAGAGACAACGCACCAACGAUCCCCCGCCCCAGACCGGCACAGGAUCGGUCGUGAGGGCCAGCUGUAUCAGACGCCCCACAUCGACCACGACACCCGCGGCUCACCCCGAACAACGCCCAAAGACCACCAAGCCCCGGCGUCCAGCGUCGGCCGUGCCUCCCUCCCCCAGUCCACCGUCCCUCCCUCAGCCCUUGCGGCGCCGCCAAGCUGCGACACGAAUAGACACAACGGUCACUCCACAUGCGCAAAGGCAGGUGACGGACCGGAGGGCCGUCUCGCCUAUCUGUUGACGUCCCACACCUCCAGACACAGGCCAAAUGCCAAGGCCGCGACGCAAAAGGAACACCCAACCUAG